AUGGCGCUUCGGUUGCGGUUCUGGGCGUUAGCCGUUUGCAGAAACCCCGAGUUUGGGUUUGCAGGCCUCUCAACCAGUUCCACAUCGGCGGUGAAGCCCGAAGUAGACCCCGUGGAUAAUGAAGCUGUUGCCCCUGAGUUCACUAACCGGAAUCCCCGGAAUCUGGAGCUCUUGGCUGUGGCCAGGAAGGAACGGGGCUGGGGGACAGUGUGGCCCUCGCGGGAGUUCUGGCACAGGUUGCGAGUUAUAAGGACUCAGCAUCACGUAGAAGCAUUUGUUGAGCAUCUAAACGGCCAGAUUGUGGUUUCGGCAUCGACUCGUGAAUGGGCUAUUAAAAAGCACCUUUAUAGGACCAACAACGUGGUGGCUUGUGAGAGCGUUGGACAGAUACUGGCCGAGCGAUGCUUACAGGCGGGAAUCAACUUCAUGGUCUACCAGCCCACCCCCUGGGAGGCAGCCUCAGACUCGAUCAAACGACUGCAGAGUGCUGUGACAGAAGGUGGUGUGGUGCUGCGGGAACCUCGCAGAAUCUAUCAGUGA